UGAUAGCUUAGAGCUCCAUUCAUGGAAAAGUUUACGCAGUUUUAUUUACGUAGCUGAAAUGUAAAGCCGUAGACGUUACUCGGCAAACCUCACAGGGCCCCGAUGGAGUCGGUGCAGUCAGCAGCGCAUCAUACCUUGUUAUGAUAAACAAGUAAUGAACGGCGAAAAUACAUAAUUAAACAAUGGAAGGAAUGCUGUAUAAGUGGACCAAUUACAUAAGUGGCUGGCAGCCUCGUUGGUUCGUGCUUGAUGGAGGAACUUUGUCUUACUAUGACUCUCAAGAGGAUGCCUGGAAAGGUUGCAAGGGCAGCAUUAAAAUUUCAGUCUGUGAAAUCCAAGUUCAUUCCUCUGACUCGACACGAGUUGACCUGACCAUACCAGGAGAGCAGUACUUUUACCUCAGAGCCAUCAAUGCAGCAGAAAGGCAGAAAUGGCUGGUGGCAUUGGGAACAGCCAAAGCUUGCCUUACAGACAACCGAACAAAGAGAGAAAAAGAGCUCCAGGAGAACACAGAGGCACUGAAAACUAAGAUGUCAGAACUCAGAUUGUACUGUGACCUUCUUCUCCAACAAGUAAACAAAAUCAAGGAGAAUGAUGAGCUAGGAGAUGCAACGGAGACAGGCAUAGACACUGGAAACAUGGUGAAGUCGACAUGCACCACUUUCCUUAAGACUCUAGAGGAAUGCAUGCAGAUCGCAAAUCGUACUUUUAGUUCGGAUAUGACAACACAGAGUCCACCAGGAUCUCCUCCAGUAGCAGCCAUCAAACCCCAGAAGAUUAAACCCGUCAAUCAUUUAAAUCAGAACCUUGGAGAAAAAUGGAGAGAUUUCGCUGAAACCUCGGGAGAAGCAAUUGCACAUGACAACCAGAGCCUUGACUCAGGAGCAGAGGGACCAGAUGAACCAGAUAGACCAGAACAUCCUCCUUUCCCAUCAGACAUUGAAGCAAGCAACGGCAACUGCUCAGUCCAAGAGGAGCGAGUUGAUCGUACUCUACACACUACCCAGAAUACCUCUGAGAUUGAACACUACGUCCAACCAGCAGAGGGGGAUGAAGAAAAUGAAGCUGAUAAUCAAAAGGAGACAAAAGAAGAUCAGAAGCACAAAGUGGACCAAAGUCAGGAGUACGACAACAUCAGCAAGGAAGCGAACCCUGUCCGGCCGCAGCACCAGCAAGAGGCUGUUACAGACCAAGACGACCCUAAACAUGAGGUCGAGACUUCCAGAGAUUCGACAGAGCCCCAAGACACAGAGCAGGUGGAAACUUUCUUCAGCACAAUGAGUCACAGAUUUAGUGAUAUAAGACUGGACGACGACAAUGGUAUCCCUACACAAGAGUUUUUGGACUCAUGCUAUGCAAUAGUGCCUGUAUUAGACAAACUGGGAUCCACAGUCUUUGCACCAGUUAAAAUGGAUUUUGUUGGAAAUAUCAAGAAAAUUCACCAGAAGCUGAUGUCAGACCCUGACAGCUUCCUCACACUACAGUCCAUCGUGCUUCAUGAAGUCGACACAGAAGUUUCCCACGUGCGCAACUCAGCCACUGAGGCCCUGCUGUGGCUCAGACGAGGCCUGAAGUUCCUCAAAGAGUUUCUGUCAGAGAUCAACGCAGGAGAACAAGACAUCCAGGGUGCACUAAAUAACGCCUAUGGAAAGACCCUUCGACAGUACCAUGGAUGGGUUGUGCGAGGAGUAUUUGCUUUGGCUCUGAGAGCUGCCCCAUCUUAUCAAAGUUUCUCCGCUGCCUUAGUAUCAAGAGAGGGCGACGAGCUGAAGAGCGGCUUCGCCAGCGGUGUGCACAGGGACCUGGGCAUGUACCUGCCUGCCAUGGAGAAACAACUGGCCAUCCUGGAUGCCCUAUAUGAAGAAUACAACCUGGAGUCUGAUGAGGUGGUGUGAAUAUAGGAACAAAGAGAUGCUUAGGGUUCAAGGAAGGACAGAACCUGACCACAGGGGCAGAGUAGUGUCUUAACUGCUGAGGGAAGGUGCCAGAUACCAAGUGUAUCUUAUGUACAAAAUAAUAUGAGCAUGUCCCGUGUCAGUGUGAGGUGUUUCUAGUGGUUCUUAAACUCUAUUACAGUAGAGGGUCUAGGUUUGAAGAAGGUAUUAAUGUCUGUAGGAGCCCACAAGGCGCAAAGCAAGCAUUUAAAAUGAAGACGUUAUGCUAUUACGAACUGUAGAUUCCAGGUCUUCUUCAAAAGACCAUUGCCAGUGUAGGGGUAUUAAGCCCUGUUAUGCAGACUCCAAGCAUAGUUAUUCAUGGUGACAUUUGUUUCUGGUGCACAUUUUGUCGCUGUAUUGUGGUUUUUAUGUACUGUACGUGCUUCCUUAAGGUACAUAACCACAAGGUAUUUGGCCCAACUUACCUGAAAAUCAUUUGUGAUUCUCCUUGAACUGAUCAGAAUGCAAAGAAAUUUUUAAUCAAGAUUGUCCUCUUUGCUUGGAUUCAUGAAACAAGGUGAAACAUGCAACCAACACACAACACUAUUUUGACACUAUUAAAGCACUAUUUUAACAAAAAACGAUCAGAUUGUUACAAUGCCCAAUAUAUGCCUUAGGUAUGUGCUGGAAUAACAUACUAGGCUAAGUAUUAAUGUAUUGGAUAAACAUUUUUUUUGCACUAACUGUUGACGUUUAGUGGAAAUUAUGAUGAUUAUAGAUUUAGUUCCUUUUCCCAAAAUUUAAUUCUGAAUGCUGCAGUUUGACAGUGUAUUCAUUUGUUUUGCACCGCAGACAUGUUAUGAGCUAUUGCUCUAGAGACUUUCCAUGGGACCAAAAAGGAACUGUCCUGUGAGUGGCUUUAGCCUCCGCUGCCUACAGUACCACAACACACAAGAAUGAAAUAAUACAGUGUAUCUGUUAAUGAACUGGGAACUGCUGAAUAUUUCUGUGGGCAUCCUCUGCACAAAGCUAUGCAUUUUCACAAUGUCUAUUUAUUAUGUCUUAAGUUAUAAAGUUCACAUUAAUCAAAAGUCAUGGGGAUCAUUUCAGUCUGUCUUUUGUGUGAAUGUGUGGACAUUUCCAUCCAUAGCGCAUGUUUUAUUGAUUGCAUGGUUUUAUGUAUUAACAUAGGUGCCAGUGGCAACUGAAUAUAGGCCAAGGCCUUGAAUUAACCAAGUAAAUUAAUAUUCGUAAAGGGGAUAUAGACUUCGAGAGUUAAAAUACAUUGCUUCUCCUAAAUAUUUGUACUGACAAUGAAGAGUAGCCUUCAGCAAGUCUGCUCUUUUUUUUCCUUCGCCAUCUUGUCCAUGCACUGUACUACGUGUACUUGAGUGUUGUUGCCAGCUGUACUUAAUACUUUAUGAUGUCAGUUCAAAAAUUUAGAAAAAAAAAUAGUGGUAGACAUGUCCUAGCAAGGUUAAAGUGUGGCCGUACAUUCACUGAGCCAUUGGAACACAGCAGGAAGAUCUUAAGAGGGCUUUUUUUUUUAAAAACCAAGACAUACCACAUAGUAUUUUUAACUUUAUUCAGACUCUCCUUUUGAGUUUUCAGGAAUGCAUACAGUAAAAACUCCUGUCCAACAAAUAAGUAAUUUGCAGCAGGUUUACAUCACAGAUGUGCAAUAGGCCAAUUUCCUGUUGCUGAUAAGUUCCAAUGUUUAUCCUGAAAAUAUGCUAUUGUAAUAUUAUAAACAUUUGAUUUGCUUUUUUUUUCUAUGAAUGUAUAUAAGAUGCUAUUUGAUUUUUACCUAA